UUCGUACAUUUUUUUCUUCCCAAAUUUUUCUUUUAUUUUAUUUACGCAUCGUUCAGUGUAGUUCUUCCUAUCGAACUUAUUUCUUCUUUUUAAUCCUGCUUAAAUUCUUUUCUUCUACUUGUAGUAUAAGUGACAUCUCGUAAGAUUGAUAACAGAGUUCGAAAGUUCGAUUGGUGCUAACUUCGCGGCGUAGAGUUAAACAAUGGACGGACGGCCAGUGAUCAAAUUCAAUUUUUAACGCGUGGUUUGAAAAUGAAAAUAUCCGGGAAAAUUUCGAAACGGCGACGUUUCUAUCGUGAAUAAAUCAUUUUCGAAAGUUCAUCUAUGUUAUAUUUCGUUAACUUUCACGUAGAAAAAAAAGAUCGAUGAUUUAUAUCAUAUUCGUUACACAAUACCGUUUAUCAGAAUAUUGGCGGCAUAUUUGAAUACGUAGAACGAGUAUUGCCGUUGAAAGAUAAAGAAAGAAAGAAAGAAAGAGAUGAGAGUGCCUAAAAAUAAGUUUCGUAAGCACUCCACGGGGCCCUGACGCGAAGAGAUAGAAGUAUAUAAUAAUGUGGUAGUAAGUGGAAGCAUCGAAGAAACAAAAGUAUAAUACAAACGAGACGCUUCUACGUCAGUGGAUCCUGGAGAAGAUGGUGGGGUGGGACGAGGUGGUAAGCCUGGCUCGACUCGUUCCACCUCUUCGUUCCUGCUUCUCGGUUUCCUUCGCACGGCUCGACUCGACCACGUGCUAACUUACGAGCUACGAACGCUGUACCCUUCCACUUGCAUGUCUCCUAUCUCUCUCUCUCUCUCUCUUUGUCUCCCUCCCCACCCCUCACUCCAUCACUCUUACCGCUUUCUUUCUCUUUCUACGCGACUCUCGCGUUUUCGCGACCCUCCCCUCCUCUUUCUUUUCCUCCUCCUCCCACUCCUCCUACUUCGUCGACGUUCGAGCACAGUACCUUCGCCGUCUCGCUUUUUCGCUCCCUUCGAAAGUUUGCUUCGUAUUAUUAAUCCCUGUAAGCGUAUACAAGAGUAAGAAAGAACGGGUGAGAGAAAGAGAGAGACAAAAAGAAAAAGAAGAAGAAGCGAGAGACAAGGAUACGUAGCAUUCGCGGAGAAGAUUAUGGGUUGAGAGCACGGUCAAGGUGCUGCUACGUUAACAAGCGCCAAUAGGGAAGGGAGGACGUCGUAAAACGUGAUUUCGAAGAUGAAAGAGCGCGCUUCUUUAUCGAUGCUUAUCAACGUCUCCGUAUCCUUCCCUUACAGCUAGUUAUUUCCUUUAUAUGUACAGCACAACAUACGUGUGGUACGGUUGUGCGCCUCUUUUACAGUGAGAUUUCAAGUGGCUCGUUAUAAGCUACUUCUUUUUUUCAUUUCUUUUUUUUUUCUUUUUCAUCGUCAUUCUUUUAUUUCAAUAACUUGGAGUAAUAGUUUCGAUACGUUUUUGCAUUAUCGAUUAUAUAUGGCGAAUCUUUUUGUUUAAAAAGAAAAAAAAUAUAAAAUAAAUGGAAAGAAUCCAAAAAUCAUUAUUAGACUUUGUAAUCGAUGACAUUACAUUUUUUAGCAAUGAUCUUUUUACGGAAGUUGAAAAGGGGGAAACCUUUGGGGAGCAACGUCGCCGUGGGAAUUCGCGCGUAAAUCGAGCGUGCGAAGAAUUCGGCGGCAAGAUUGUGUCGGCGUAUGACGAGAGAGAGAGAAAGAGAGAAAAAGAAAAAGAGAAAGAAAGUCAGUGGUAGCGUGCUCCGCGUGUGAAAUGUAAAUGUGCAUCUCUUCGAUAUACACAUACAUACAUAUAUAUAUACAUACAUACAUACAUACAUACAUACAUACAUAUAGGUAAAGAGAAGGAAAGGUGCAUAUAUAUAUUGAAAGAAAGAGAGAGAGAAGAAAGUACAGGCAGGGUUCAAAGAGCCGACACAGUGGUUAAAGAGCCUUCUUCCUCUCGACACGCACAAGUAUAAGGCGCAACCUUCCAAAGGUUGGAAAGAGGAAGGAUCGUUUUAUCUUUCUCUUUCUCUUGUUUGUUCCGUCCUUUUCCACGCCGGCAACAGCAAAUUUAUUUCACGUUCCUGCCUCUUCUGGACCUUUCACAAUAUUUGGCCGUUCUUUGGCAUCCCAAACGCACCGGCCGGCAGCACCGGUCACCAGGAGAGAUACAGCUUUGAGCCCUCGGUGAUGGAUGAUUCGCUCUCGAGCUCGCCACGGACUGCUGUUUCUACUCUUCUUUUCUCUUUCUCUUUCUCUUUCUUCCUUCGGAAGAUGCUAGACCGCCGCCGCCACCGCCGAUGAGCAACCGUGUUCAGGGCCGCUAACUCUGCCGUUCUCCGACUCCUCUUCUAUUAUUCUCAUCUUCUAGAUAUCCUAAACUAGUAUCUGGUUAGUCUUCUGUUGAUAGCCUUUCGACGGAAGACGAGAAGGUACGCCAAAUUCAAUUUAAUUCGGGAUUAGAUCAAAAUAAUACGAAGUACAUAUACUUAUCCAUAAUAUAUUUUUGAUACGUUGAAGGUGAAUACAUCUUUUACAUAUUUUCAAGUAUCUCACGGGAGGAGGAGGAGGGGUUCUAUUCACUUUCUCUCUUUUUCUAUCAAGAUUGCAGGUAUGUACAAUGUUUUCGAAUCAUUUUCUCCUGGAAAUAGAUGCCGAAUGACAAGAAAGAGAGAGAAAGAGAAAGAGAGGGGGGAGGAGAGGAUCACGAAGCCGUCCCUGAACACACCGUGGAGCCUUCGGCUACGGGAUCGUUCCGGCGAGUUCGUGCAGAGAUGUAAGGAGAAAUUGAACACCUUAGCAAUCUCGGUAAUGAACCAGUGGCCCGGAGUUAAAUUGAGAGUUACGGAAGGCUGGGACGAGGAGGGAAAACAUGCAACCGAUUCCCUCCAUUACGAAGGACGAGCCGUAGACGUGACGACGAGUGAUCGCGAUCGAUCAAAAUACGGAAUGUUGGCGAGACUUGCAGUUGAAGCUGGUUUCGAUUGGGUUUAUUACGAGUCCAGAUCUCAUAUACACUGUUCCGUUAAAUCUGAAUCAUCAUCAGCCGGCAAAUCAGGUGGUUGUUUCCCCGGCAAAAGUUACGUCAGAACUGAAAAUGGUGUAAGGAAGAGAUUGGAUGAGAUCCAAUUAGGCGAACGAGUGGCAGCUAUGAAUUCUAAGGGUGAAUUGAUCUAUAGCGAGGUUAUAGCUUUUUUGGAUAAAGCACCGAGGGAAAAACGACAAUUCGUUAGAAUUCAUACGGAAUCUGGAAGAAUGUUGACCUUGACGCCAGCCCAUUUGGUACCGAUCAAGGACAAAUCAAUGAUAUUUGCUGCCAGAGUUAAAAUCGGUGAUAAAAUUUUAAUUGUCGAUAACGAGAACGAAGAUACUAUUACUACUACUAAUAAUAAUAACAAUAAUAUUAACAUCGAAAUAAUGGAAAAUCAUUUAAACAACAAAGUGUAUUCGGGUGGUAAUCAACAACAUCGUCUUCGUUGGGAUCGUGUCAUCGAAACUAAAUUGGUCCUUGAGAUGGGUGUUUUUGCACCACUCACGACUGAAGGAACGCUAUUGGUUGAUGACGUUAUAGCUUCGUGUUACGCGGUUAUCGACAGUCAAACAUUGGCACAUUAUUCUUUCUUUCCAUUGCGAAUUUGGAAAAGAUUGGAAUCUUUCUUCGUCGAGAGGCCGCCAUUUUCGGUUCAAAAAACUGAACCAAUAAUCGGCCAACAAAGGACUAACAAUGAGACUACGAGUAUUAUUAUGGAAGAUAAUGAAAAAAAUAUAGGAGUACAUUGGUACGCCUCGUUCCUUUACAGUUUUGCAUCAACCGUUUUACCAAGUGACAUGCUUUACAAUUAAAAACGUGGGGAACUAGGGGCGUAGGGGAAAAAGGAAGGAAAAAUUGCCAAAAUGGCAAAUGAUAUAAAAAAAAGGGGAAGUGUGUUAUUAACGUAGCUUUUUCUUUUCAUUAUCGUUUUAACACGUGAUUUUAAAUCAAAAUACAUUUUCCUUUAUACUUUUUGUGCGUGUACGUUAAUAUUCCGUGAAUGACUUUGAUAACUAAUUAUUGUUCAUUUACAAUGGGACGAAACAUCAUUUUUCUUCUUUGAAAGUUAAGUGUUGUGUGGCGGAAUACAGUGAACAUUUUAAUUCAAUUCACGGAGUAACUUAUAAAAUAUUAGGACUUUUAUAAGUGAAUGUAGUAGAGAAAAAGAUGCUUUUUUUCAAAGAAAAGCAAAAAGAUCGAAAUCUUAUUUAACGUUUUACGUUCUGGUAUAUGUUAUGUAUCAUACGAGUAUAUAAUAUAAAUAUCGUUACGUAGUAGCUAUUACUUUUAAAUACGAAUAUAUAUGAAAAUGUGUAUGCGUGCGAUACACAUGAGUGUAUAUGAGUGCGAAUGAAUAAUUAACACUAGAAAAACCGAAACUUUGUAAAAAUGAAUUCCUUGGGCAAUCUAGUGUUAAUUAAUAUUGAUCGAAUGCAUCUUAUGUAUUUGUAUAACGUGUACGAAUGUGUAACUAUUUGUUAAAGAAAGAGAAGAAGAAGAUAUAUAUAAUGACGACGAAAAAGAUUUAAUCGCGAAAAUUAAAUCUUUUCUUUCUUCUUUUUUCCCAUUUAUCGUUACGGAAAAUUUGGUAUUUUCUUUUUUACUCCUCGAGAUUUAAUCGUUUGUUUCCCCAAUGACUCCCCCCAUGACCUGUUGUUUUCCCGACAUUUUUACGUGUAUUAUGUGUGAUUACGAAGAAGAAGAAAAGAAAGAAAAAAAAAGUCAAAAAAAGUCAGGUGGGAGGAAAAAGAAUAAAAAAAGAAAAUACUGGAACAACAAGUACACAUAUUGUUGUACAUAUACAUACACAUCAUACGUACCGUGAAAUAGAUACAUGCGUGUCUGUAUUUACGAAACGAAACGUGUUAAAGCAUAUCACGGUGUUGUAGCGCACGUUAUGUUACACUGGUGCUUCGUUAACAAAAAAAACAGGAAACGCGAAUCGCGAAAGCUUUAUUAAAAUAAACAUUCUUUACCUAUUUUCCCUUGCACGCGUUAUUGAUCGGACUUUUUCUUUCCAUCCUAUGUAUGGUAAUAUCAAUCGAUCGCCAUUCAUAUGAAUUAUUAGAAAAUUAUCGAGAUAAAACAAUGAUUAUUAUUAUUAUUACUUUUUUUUCGUUUUUUUUUUCUUUCUGUUUACUAGUUUCAAU